UCUCUCUAUCUACUGCCCACUAAACCCCUCUCUCUCUCUCUUUCUCUCUCUCUCCCUAUCUCUCACUCUGUCUCAAUGCUGUUUCUGUCUCUGCUUCAUUUUGCUAGAAAGAAACAGAAUCCUUAGCUAAGACAGAUUGUGAGGGAGAGUGUGAGCUUUGAAAGGGUAGAAAGUUUAGAUUUUUCUGUUAUUUCCUUUUCUGGGUAAAGAAAAUAAGAGAAAAAUAAUUGAGCUUUCAUGUCAUUUACCUUCAAUUUCCAUGAUCUGAGCCAGUUAUACACAACCCCAUUUCAUCCACAUUGUUAGAAGACCAAAACCAUUGUCGUAAACAGAUCUACUUUUCCUGUUCUGUACUUUUCUUGCUUGUUUUCUAGUGAAAAUUUAGCUUUACUUGUUAGUUUAUCCUCUGUUUUUUGCUCUGUUCUUUUGAGAUAGAGAAAAAACAGAGAGAGACAGCGAGAAAUGGCUGAAGAUUCACCGAAACUGAUAAUACCAGAAUCAUUUCAGGUUUCAAGAGAUGAUAUUGGAGCGCAAAUUUCGCUCAUUUGGGAGCUAAUUAAAGCACCAUUGAUAGUUCCUUUGUUACAGCUUGGUGUUUAUAUCUGUUUAACUAUGUCACUUAUGCUUUUCAUGGAAAGGCUUUACAUGGGUAUUGUCAUCGUCCUUGUUAAACUUUUCUGGAAGAAACCUGAGAAACGUUACAAGUGGGAACCUAUACAAGAUGAUUUAGAAUCUGGGAAUUCUAAUUUCCCUGUUGUCCUUGUUCAAAUCCCAAUGUUCAAUGAAAGAGAGGUUUACAAAGUCUCAAUUGGGGCAGCAUCUAAUCUUUCUUGGCCAGCUGAUCGGCUAGUGAUCCAAGUCCUUGAUGACUCAACUGACCCAGAAAUCAAGCACAUGGUGGAGUUAGAGUGCCAGAGAUGGGCAAGCAAAGGAGUAAAUAUAACGUACCAAAUCAGAGAAACAAGAGGAGGUUACAAAGCUGGUGCUCUAAAAGAAGGAUUAAAAAGAGGUUAUGUCAAACAUUGUGAAUAUGUGACUAUCUUUGAUGCUGAUUUCCAGCCUGAGCCUGACUUCCUUAGACGUGCCAUUCCUUUCUUGGUUAAUAAUCCUGACAUUGCCCUUGUUCAAGCUCGUUGGAGAUUUGUGAAUGCAGAUGAAUGCUUGUUGACAAGAAUGCAAGAGAUGUCACUGGAUUACCAUUUUACAGUGGAACAAGAAGUUGGGUCAGCAACUCAUGCAUUCUUUGGUUUCAAUGGGACUGCUGGGGUAUGGAGGAUUGCUGCCAUUAAUGAGGCAGGUGGAUGGAAGGACAGAACUACCGUAGAAGAUAUGGAUCUUGCUGUCCGAGCUAGUCUCAGGGGCUGGAAAUUUGUUUACCUUGGUGACCUCCAGGUGAAAAGUGAACUUCCUAGUACUUUCAAGGCCUUCAGGUUCCAGCAGCACAGGUGGUCCUGUGGUCCUGCUAAUCUCUUCAGGAAAAUGGUGAUGGAAAUUGUUAGAAACAAGAAAGUAAGAUUCUGGAAGAAAGUUUAUGUGAUCUACAGCUUCUUCUUCGUCCGCAAAAUCAUUGCUCAUAUGGUCACAUUUUGGUUCUACUGUGUUGUUCUUCCAUUGACCAUUUUAGUUCCUGAAGUUAAAGUUCCAAUCUGGGGAGCUGUUUACAUUCCUUCUGUCAUUACCAUUCUUAAUUCAGUAGGCACUCCAAGGUCAAUUCACCUACUGUUCUAUUGGAUCCUGUUUGAAAAUGUUAUGUCUUUGCACCGAACAAAGGCUACACUUAUCGGUCUGCUAGAAGCAGGAAGAGCUAAUGAGUGGGUCGUCACUCAGAAAAUUGGAAAUACACUUCAGAAAAAUGCAGAUGCCAAGAAGGCAGGUCUCAAAGUGUUUAAAAGACCUCGAUUCACAUUCACCGACAGACUCAACACCUUGGAGCUUGGAUUUGCAGCAUUCCUUUUCUUGUGUGGCUGCUAUGAUUUUGUUCAUGGCAAGAACAACUAUUUUGUAUACCUCUUCCUCCAAACAAUCACCUUCUUCAUCACUGGAGUUGGCUACGUUGGCACAAUUAUUUAGUAGCAGCAGUGAUACUGAAAAUCCGCGGCCCGCGCAGCCAUUUCUUUAGUCUUUCUCAUCAUGUUGUGUUUAUUUUUUUAACCCUCCACAACACAAUAUAUAAGUGGGGAUAUAUCAGCAACAAUCGUUUGCAAUUCCUACUAUUUCAGCUCAUUUUGAAAAAAAAAAAAAAAAAAAAGAGAAAGAAAAAUAGGUGAUUCAAUAUGAUUGGCAAGAAAAAGCCAUAGUCAUAUGCAUUCCUUAGAGAAUUACAUGUGAAUCAUUCUAGUGAAGUUAGAGAGAAAAGAUAUAUAUAUAUAUCAGAAGAGAAAAAUGCUGUUAUUUUGCAAACACAUCAAUACAAGAGUCAAGGAUAAAGAAGCCAGCAAAAACAGCAGCAUAUGCUUUAGGCAACAAAUAAUGAUGUUUUCAUUCACAUAGAUUGCUUGUAAUUGUGAGAUUUUGUACUUUUUUAUUUUCCUUUUCUUUUUUGGGUCUUUCAAUUGUUAGUUUUCCAUAGUUUUCAGCUGAACAAGCUGGUGAAAUGCAAUGGUGUAUUUGUAAUCAAAGUUAAUUUAUUAUUUCUACCUUUUCUUGUU